CGGGCUGGCUAACAGUCGUCUCGCGGUAUCCGACACGGUGCGCCGGCUGCACUCGCCCGUCCGACACGAACACAUCUUCCGAGAUCCGUCGCACACGUAUCGUCUCGGAUCGCGUCCGCUAACCGUUCACCGUGUCCAAAUCGUGUCCAUAUCGUGUGCACCAUCGCAGUUUUCGUCGACACUUGUCCCUGAUUAGAUUCGUGUGCACAUACUCCGACGACCGUGUACGCGCGCAUCCGUCCCGCCGAGUCCGGAUCCCCCGAGAACCUGUGGUCUUCAACAAUCCCGACGCCGAUAAGAAGAGGUAUUGUCAAAAACCGUUUUCGCGCCUAAAUAUGAGUUCCCAGACCCAGUGAGCGCUGGUUCAUCCACACGGAACAACAUGGCACACGGUAUUGCAGUGGACUCCAGCACGUGGUCUGCGUUGAUCGUCAUCGCCACCGUUGUAGCAGUUAGCUGUUCAGACGUGCACAACGAUGGAUCAGAGCCAGAGUUUCUGAAUCCAAUGAAAAAUGUCACGGUGGCCUUGGGAAGAGAGGCAAUUUUGGUAUGUUCGGUGAAAAAUAUCGGAGAACACAAAGUCGGUUGGUUGAAAGCAGAAGACCAAACCAUAUUGAGUCUACACGAACGGGUGGUGACUGAAAACCGGAGAAUAGACAUCGACGUGGAUAACAAUACCAAUUGGAAACUGAAAAUUCGACAGCUACAGAGGUCCGAUAAAGGAUGUUACAUGUGUCAGAUCAACACGCACGUCAUGAAAAAGCAAAUCGGUUGCGUUGACGUUAAAGUUCCACCAGAUAUCAAAGACGAAGAAACUGUUUCUGAUAUUACAGUAAAAGAAGGAGAAAAUGCUACUCUAGCCUGUAAAGCCAAAGGCAAUCCAUUACCAAGAAUUACUUGGAAACGAGAAGAUGGUCAAAAAAUCACUAUUAAAAAUCAACCAAAAAAAACAUUAUACGAAAAAGUGCUCGGCGAACCGUUGUUGCUCAACAAAGUGGAACGCAGUCAAAUGGGACACUACUUGUGCAUAGCGUCCAACGAUGUACCGCCGGCUGUUAGCAAGAGGAUCACGUUAAACGUCAACUUUGUUCCAGUAAUCAGGGUGCCGAAUCAGAUUCUAGGAGCACCGUACGGUACAAACGUACGAUUGGAAUGCCUCGUUGAAUCGUUUCCCAAUUCCGUCAAUUACUGGUCCAAUACUAAAGGAGAAAUGAUCCUCCAAGGGCCUAAAUAUUACUUAGAAGAGGUUAAAACCAACUACAAAGUAAAAAUGUAUCUCAAUGUUCAAAAUUUCGAGUACAAAGACGUCGGAACGUACAAAUGUUUGGCGACAAAUUCAAUGGGACAUGCGAAUGGUUCAAUAAGAUUAUACGAAAUAAUUGUACCGACGACCAUGCCAACAACUACAUCGACGAAGACCACCACCACCACUACCACCACCACGACUACUACCACAAUGACAACGUUGGCGACCAUCACGAGGAAAAUCGUUCCUCCGACAGUGAUACCGUCUCCGGCGUCAAAAAGAAAGAACCAUAAAAUACCUGAAGGGGACCGAAAGUCCGGCAGAAAGUCGGAAGACAAGACCAGGCGGCGGAUGAAUGGUAUCGAGGAGGCGGAUGAGAUGGAGACAAAGAGCAGCAGCCACCGGGCCAGCCGUGGUUCGAGCUGGACGCGCCGGUCGACGGUCGGCCAGUCGCUGGGCGUCGCAGCUGAGCUGAUGGCGCUCGCAGCCACCGCGGCCGGUUGGCCGGCCGGUUCUCCAGUGAACGCGGCUUCCGGGCUCGUUUCGCUGGCCGUGGCCGUCUCGCCGCCGGUGUUGCUCAUGCUGUGGGACGGUUGCGCACCGUGAUGAACGGCGGCGGCCAGGGCACCGACCCACACGGUGGACGAGCCCACGCACCACGCAAAGACCACGCCACCCUGGUUUCAUCAGCUGCGAGCGACGCGGUCAUAGAUCAUCCCUCAGCCCCCGCGAUCAGAGAUCUAUAAUCGUGGGUUAUCCGUGUAUCGACAUGAAACUUAACCGCGCGAUUCUAUUCCCGUUGUUUAAUGUUAUCGUUUUUUUUUUUUUAAUUUUUUUAUUCGUUUUUCGUCUCGCGUUGUCUUAAAAGUUCGAUCGGAUCGAGAGAAAACAAAAAAGAAAAAAAAAAACGUUAGUCGGCCGGGUUUACCGUCCGUUUCGUUUCACCCAUUGUUGACCGUUGUUCGUCACGAAUACGUUUGUACGUAUGACGUUCAAUAGUAAUAGUUUUCGUUUCAACGGAACAACAAUGGUUAUAUGUAUCCGGUAUUAGUUAUUUUUCUUUCAUUUUCUUCCCCAUCCAAGAUCACAAUACAAUAUUGCUCAAACGUGAACGAUGUUUAUAGAAACAGGACGAUGUUUUCAUUUGGUUUUUCGACGUCGAGUUUUUUCGUUAUUCGGGGAUUCCCGUCUUAAUCGAAUUUCGCAGCCACGAUACUGUUUUGGCUAUAACACGAUUGAGCAUAAAACGCCCUCUUUACCACACAAUUGAGCAAAUUUGUCUGCAUGAUGUAGAAAUACAAAUGAAACCUACACAAGUGACCGUAAAAAACUCAUAGACGUUGCCAAUUUCGAUUUUGAACUACAUUGAUACUAAUCUUCUUUCAACAUUCUAUUUUCUCAGUUAAAUUUUAAAUGUAAUUGCAUUGUCUAGAAGUUUCAACCAUAUUACGUUUAUCUAAUCCCAAGAAAAUUGUUGCUAAAUAUUUAUUAUUGGUACGACUCCAUCUCAAAAAAUUUUGAUUUUUUUCGUUCUUUCAAUUAAUUUAUGUUUAUAAAUAUCACUAUGGCCAAUGCUUUGCUUCUUUUCGAAAAAAUUAUUGUUACUUACAAAUUAAAAAAGUAAAAAGUACACUAUACAACUGUACAACGUUACACAACGCCUUGCGAAACGACUAUAGGUGAUCGAUCGCUGUAUAAACUCAAUCAUUUCUAUAAUAAUUUUAGUUUGUAAAUAUCGUAACCAUCUUAUAUUUGCUCCCGGUGCUGAAUAUUCAAAAUAUCAGUGUAGUACUGAUAAAACUAAUAUCUAUUGCAUUCAAUUAAUCGGUAACGUUGCCGAUAAAACUAUGCUCGGCCCUCGGCACGUUUAAAUUUAGUAUCUUAAUAAUUGGUGUAAUAAUAAGUUACAACAUUUCGGGAACUUGAAUGUGGCAAUGACGCAUAAAAUAUUCUACGUUCAAUCGUGUUGUCGAAAAGGUAUACGCUCGAUCGUGUUAUGCUCAAUCGUUCUUUACCGAUUAUUUUACGGUACACACCCGAAGUGACAUUUUCAUUUUUUUCUCCCCCCAACGGUGCAUUAACGAAUAUUGUUUUAAUUGAAUAUUUACGUGUGCAUAACUAUGCUCGCGGUGUACCCAUAUCUUAUCAUAUUAAAAAAAUUUUAACAAUUUUAUUUUUUAUUUUUUUGUUCGUUAUUGUUUUUAUAAUGUACAAAGACAGUGUAAGGUAACCAUAAUACAGUACCAUUUGUAAAUACCAUAUCAAUUAUACCUUAUAAUCCUGUACUGCAUUGUUUAGACGGAAAUUAAUUGUACUUAAUAAAUUAUGAAACGGAAGAAAAAUAUAUGAAACUACUUAUAAUAUAUAUAUAU